UUCCCCAACUUGUCCCUUGUCACGCUCACACCAACUACGAUGCCCUUCGCCCAACUCGUCAUAGGCCCGCCGGGCUCGGGCAAGUCGACGUACUGCGAUGGCAUGCAGCAGUUCAUGGGCGCCAUCGAGCGCAAGUGCUCCGUCGUCAACCUCGACCCCGCCAACGACCACACGUCGUACCAGCCCGCCGUAGACGUCCGAGACCUCGUCACGAUAGACGAGAUCAUGGAGCAGGAGACCCUGGGCCCAAACGGGGGGAUUCUGUUUGCGCUCGAGGAGCUGGAACACAACUUCGACUGGCUGGAAGAGAGCCUGAAGGAACUAGGAGAUGACUACAUCCUCUUCGACUGCCCCGGGCAGGUCGAGCUCUUCACACACCACGGUUCGCUGCGGAACAUCUUCUUUCGCCUACAAAAACUUGGGUAUCGACUCGUCGUUGUACACCUGACCGACUCCAUCAUACUCUCGCGACCGUCGCUAUACGUUUCCUCCCUCCUACUCGCCCUGCGCAGCAUGUUGCAGAUGGACCUGCCUCACCUCAACGUUCUCACCAAGAUCGACAACCUUCGCAACUACCCCAAUCUACCCUUCAACCUCGACUACUACACCGAAGUUCAGGAUCUCCAAUACCUGCUGCCACAUCUCAAUCGCGAACAGACUUCCGGCAUCCCGGGUCCCACAACAGCCGGCGCAAACGAGAACGUAGAUCUAGACGAUGACGAGCCGACUUCAAAGUUCUCCGCGCUGAACAAAGCCAUCGUAGAACUCGUCGAGGACUUUGCGCUAGUGGGGUUUGAGACACUGGCGGUUGAAGAUAAGAAGAGCAUGAUGACGCUGCUGCGGGCCAUCGAUCGUGCAGGUGGCUUCGCGAUGGGUGGAAUAGAGGGCGCAAACGACACGGUGUGGCAGAUGGCUAUGCGUGAGAACGGAGCAACUAUGGAUGCUCGGGAUGUGCAGGAGAGGUGGCUGGACAGGCGGGACGAGCUCGACGAAGAAGAGAGGAAGGCAUGGGAGGAUGAGACCAAAGACAUGCGCGACGCACCACCACAGAACGCUUCCCAAGCACCGCCUGCCGCGAAACCACCUACAAAGCCCAAGGAUCAAGAUAGUGAUGACGACAUGGACGAUCUUGAAGAGAUGCGACGGUUCAUGGAGAAGAAAGACUCAGGCAUCAAUGUAGUCAGGAAGUGAAGUAACGGUGCGCUAGACCAUUAGGCAGCGCAACGACCGCAUGCCUGUUCAGCGCGCGCGCUCUGACGAAAUAGUAGUGAUGUUGGCUCUUUAUGAGCUUUCAUGACAAAGACUGUAUGGCUCGAGUAUCCUGUCCACACAGAGUGACGAUCUAAGCGUCGUGGCGGCUCGCAAGCUUAUAGAGAGCUUCCAAUGCUAGAGAUGGGAGCACUGCUUGAAGUACAGGGAAUUGCUUGAGCCGAGGAGUUGCAUGCAACCACCAUCAAGGAAGGCAAGGCACUUAGUCCAAGUUUGGAUCUUGAAACAACGCGUCGCGUGAGCAAACAUGCACGCGCCCGCACGGCUCGAUAGUCGACUAUUGUGUAGAAUCUGGCCCUGCACUAGACCCUAAUCGAUACCGUCUAAUCUCAUCGUAUUGCUCCCUUGG